CAGUAAUCAAGAGCUCGUCGUCAACGUCAAGAAUGGUCAAAGUAUACAAGCCCGGCAAGGUCGCCAUCGUCCUACAAGGUCGUCAAGCGGGCAAGAAGGUCGUAGUUAUUAAGCAGCUGGAUGAAGGAUCGAAAGAGCACCCGUUCCCGCAUGCCAUCGUUGCUGGCAUCGAGCGCUACCCACGGAAAGUGACGAGGCGUAUGGGUCAGAAAAAGUUGGCGCAUAGGAGCAAGGUUAAGCCUUUCAUCAAGGCUAUCAAUUACUCGCAUCUUUUCCCGACGCGAUAUGCUCUUGAGCUGGAGGGAUUGAAGGGGUCGGUGACGGUUGAUACGUUCAAGGAGCCAUCGCAGAGGGAGGACGCGAAGAAGGCUGUUAAGAAGUUGUUUGAGGAGCGUUACACUACCGGCAAGAACAAGUGGUUCUUCCAAGCACUGAGAUUCUGAGCGGUUUUCAUGUUUGUUAUGCCCAUAUAAAACGUUGUAUGCAUUCAUGUCCAUGCCUUGCCAUACAUAACUACCACCAUCAUGGACGCACCUUGACGUUGAUAAGGCAAGUGUGUCCUCUUGAAGUUUCGGUCACAUCGGAAGCAUACCCGCUUUGUUAUUUCCUGAGAUAAACUCCAUGUCGUAUCCGUAAAUAUCUUGUGUCCUUU